CUCCCUCCACUGGAGCCGCACAUUGGACGCUGUUGUGACGGCGGGACGUUGUCUCUGGGCGGACGCGGGGCUGUGACAGCGCUGAAACGGUUAACAGUGUCAAAAGCUCAGAGGAGUGUCGUUUAGUCAUUUGUUUGACUUUUUGACACUUUUUCCUCACAACCUUUUUGGGGGGCGUUAUUUACACGUCAUAGUGGAUAUUUGACAGAUAAACUGUGGUAAAAAUCCAAUUUGACAAACUUUUUUUUUAAUAGUAAGGGGUUUUAAAAUGCGUUGAGAAACUUGAAGAAAGAUAAUCAAGCGCAUCACGAUGACAGAACCAGCGGAGCAGACCGACCACCUGAAAAUUUCGGCCAGCCCAUCAGGUGGGAGCAGCGGCGGCGGCUCCAAGCAUCUCCCAGCCGGCCACCGGGCUGCACCGCCGCACAACGGCGACAGAGGGCGCCAGAGGAGCGACAAGCACCACAAGGAUGUCAACAACGACAAGUUGAGGGGGGUGUGUCCCGGAAACGAGUCCCCCAACGCCGGGGACGCGCCGCCACCGCCCGGGGUGCUCCACGUCGACUCUGACACCGGCCUGGUGGUGGACGCCCGCCUCGGCAGGAAGCGUCACCGGCGCCGCGCCGCCAAGAAGAAGCGCCACUGGAAGCCCUACUACAAACUUUCCUGGGAGGAGCGGAAGGCGCUUGACGAGCGAGAGACCGCCAGGGCGUCCCGUCUACGCGAGGAGAUGUUCGCCAAGGGGCUCCCGGUGGCUCCGUACAACACCACCCAGUUCCUCAUGGACGAACACGACCGCGAGGAGCCGGACCUCAACACCGAGGCGCGGCGGCCGGACGACACGGGCAGCGAGGAGGACUUGUUCGAGCACGACGACGAGGACGACGACGACGGGAGCGCUGGCGGCGGAGGAGGAGGAGGAGGCGGGGGGAGCAGCGACGGCAUCGGAAGGCCGGGCAACGCCGGCGGGGAGUUUCUCCAGCGGGACUUUUCCGAGACCUACGAGAUGUACCACGUCGAGAGCCUGCAGAACAUGACCAAGCAGGAGCUGGUGAGGGAGUACCUGGAGCUGGAGAAGUGCAUGUCCCGCCUGGAGGAAGAGAACAACCGGCUGAGGCGCGCCGCCCUGGAGCCCGGAGGUGGCGGCAUGAGCGUGGAGGAGCCUCUAGCGCGCCUUCGGGAGCUGGAGCGGGAGCUGGAGAGACUGAAGGCUCAGAAUACGGAGCUCCUGCUGCGGAGCCAGCCCGCCACUGACAAUUAGGGACGCUUGGCAAACUAUUCACAACAAGUGACCCUAUCGAGGGAGCAGCGAGUCUGACCCGGAUUGGACGAAGAUUCUCCUGGCUGCUUCCAGAUGAGGUGUCUCUCCUCGUCAAUCAUCGUCAUCCCGUUGCGGCUCAUAGAUACUGGUGGAACCUGGACGUGGG